UUAAUGAUUACCAUCCAAAUAGAAACAAGAUGAAGGCUCCUUCUUCUCCUCCUCAUCACCAUCAUUGUUAUUAUUCUUUCAAGGCGUUCAUUCUCAUCUCAUCUUCCAUCUGUGCGGUGUACUUCGUCUGUUGCUUCGUCCUCAUCCCCAACACCAAUUUCCUCUCCUUGUCCUCCUUCCUCCACCCUGCUCUAGUUUCUGAGAGCCACCAUGCCUCCCCAUCCCCUACGUCCCUCCGCCACAUCGUUUUUGGGAUCGCCUCAAACGAGAAUUCAUGGAAGAGGCGAAAGGAAUACGUCAAGCUGUGGUGGAGACCUACAGAGAUGAGGGGGUGUGUUUUUCUCGAACGCCGCAGCAAUGCCACGUCGCCAAAUAACGACACAGCAUUGCUCCCGCCAGUUUGCGUGUCAGGCGACACUUCGCAUUUCCGCUACACGUACAGAGCAGGGAAGGGGACGCCAUCAGCAAUACGGGUGGCGCGUGUUGUGUCAGAGACGGUGGCCCUCAACCAUUCAGACGUGAGGUGGUUCGUGUUUGGGGACGACGACACCGUCUUCUUCCCGGAGAAUCUGGUGAAGACGUUGUCGAAGUAUGACCAUGGCCUGUGGUAUUACAUCGGGGCUAACUCGGAAAGCCAUGCGCAGAACAAGUUCUUCUCUUACGGAAUGGCGUUUGGAGGGGCAGGUUUUGCCAUUAGCUACCCGCUUGCCAAAGUCCUAGCUGGAGUGUUGGAUUCAUGCAUAGAAAGAUAUCCUCAUCUUUAUGGAAGUGAUGCUAGGAUCCAUGCCUGCUUAUCCGAGCUUGGUGUUUCAUUAACUCUCGAACCCGGAUUUCAUCAGCUGGAUGUUCAAGGAAACGUGUUCGGGUUGUUGGCGGCACAUCCGGUGAGGCCUUUGGUUUCUCUGCAUCACAUGGACGUUUUGUUCUCGAUCUUCCCGCACAUGACCAUUAUCAAGGCCCUCCAGCAUCUGUACACCGCCGCCAACGUGGAUCCCCACCGAAUUUUGCAGCAGACGGUCUGUUAUGACCGGUGGUUCUCCUGGACAGUAUCAGUGUCCUGGGGCUAUGUGGUUCAGGUGUUCGGGAACCACGUCCGGCUGCCGGAGGCUCUUCGGGUGCAGCAGAGCUACAUGCCAUGGAAGAAGGGCGGAAAGGGCAUGUAUUAUGACUUUGACACCUGGGCAUUCCACCCUGAUCCCUGUCGGAGGCAGCCCAUUUUCUUCUUUUCAAACGCUUCUUCCGAUGGCAGUGGAAUCUUGAGCAUGUACACGAAGAUGACCCGUGAGAGAUGCAGAUCUGACAUGGCUUCUCCCAGGAAACUUGAUGAAAUCCGAGUUCACUCUACCAGGUUGAUCCUUGAUCGGAAUCAGGUAUGCUUAAUCAAAUACUUACUUCUCAUAAAACUCUCACAAAAGUACGUUACAUUUUGUAAGCAAUAUUUUGGAGCAAAUUUAUAAAUUAAUGAAAUUGUCUGCGCAUGUUGUUCAUGAAGUUGUUCAAUCGAAAUUUCAUGUGUUAGCCACCGUUUAACUUAACAGAAGUCGUGGUUCAAACAUACAGUUCAAUCUAAUCCUUUCAAAAAAUUACCCAACUAGUUCUUGGGUCUGAUACGGUGGAUCUUGUUAUAAACAAUUCACUCUCUAUAUGUUGAUGUGCUCUCAAAUUGCAGUUAUUGGCACCAAGAAGGCACUGCUGUUCCGUGUUACCCUCUACAUCAGAUAAAGUUAUGGAGAUCAACAUUAGAGAAUGUAAUGAAGAUGAGCUAACUUUCUUGCACUAAUCCACACACAAAUAUUUAUAUAUAUUUAUAUAGAGAGAGGGAGAUUAGAGAGACUAACAGAUGUUAAAGUACUUAUGAUUAUAGUCAAUUUAGAUGCAAUUGGCAAAGGAUCCGCUGCAAAGUAUAGAUAGCAAUUCGUAACCCAAAGAGCACAUUUUUUAGCCUUGGAGUCAGA